AUGUCUCCCGGUGAGAGGCUGAAGCAGAGUUGCAAGCGUAACAAAGUCCGCCAAGCAUCCGUUCUCGCCCUUUGCGACCGCCUGGAAGACCAGGACUCGCAGAACGGAGAUAACGGCGAAAGUGGUGAGGAAGCGAAGCCGCACGAAGUCGGGCAAGCAUCCGCGGAGAGUGCAGGCAGCGGAACGAGUGACUCGCGCAGUUCCGAAAGGGCAACUUCCCGAGAGGAUGGCACUCUUCUGGCCAUUGGCGAUCGUCUGGAAGACCCGGACUCGCACAGCAGAAAAGGUGGUGAGGAAGCGAAGCCGCAGGCAAGUUCGACGUCCUGCGCAGAUUGGGAUUGCUGGUCUCGAGAAGGCUGCUCAACCGGCGUGCAAGUCUCAUGUGAAGGGCUUCUCAGCAUCCGCUUGACCAGAAGGCGACUCGAUGUGCUUGCAAUCCAAAAGUUCUGCGCCUGGUUCCCAACAGAGCUCCACCGAUUGAAGCAGGUGAAGUUCCCCAAACUGUACGUCUCCAGUGACGACAUCGUCUUGGCUCAUGAUGUAGAUCUUUCUCAGAAUGACUUGGAUGAUGAGGCGAUGAGGAUCCUGCUCCUGACAUUGAAGCAAGCCAGGGUGGUCAUAGGAGUGGCAAAGUUCUAUCAGAACAGACUUGGCUGCAGCAGUGCAAGACUUCUGUCGCAGUGGAUCCGAUCCGCACCUGGGGUCCUUUUCGAGCUUCACCUUUCUCAUAAUCAGAUCAAGACAGCCGGAGCCCUAGAGCUGAUCAAAGCAGUGGCGGACACCAAGAGUUACCCUUCUGCCCGACCGGGUAGCAACAACUGGCCCGUACCACUAUGGCUGCGAUUGGAGCACAAUGACAUCAGAGAGGCUUGUUUUCACAAAGAGGCAGAACACUGUCUUCAGACUGCUCGACCGGAUACGAAGGGAAAGCUGAUCUGUUGGUUUGCACCCAGAAAUCGAUAUGGAUGCAGAAGUGACAACUGCGGCCAUUGCACCCCCAAUCAUUGUCCGGUGAUUCACAUUCCGCACCUGGUGCCACAACGCGGCCAGCAUUGGUGA